GCAAUGUCUUUUUCUUCCUCCUUUUAGCAUUUUGGUUCAUGUCAUUAAACAGUUUUUAUUAAUCUGGUAAGCAAUUUAGUAUUCUCUAAAAGUAUUUUAGCAUUUUCUAGCAAUCAAUUUUCUAACUGCUUGUAUUUCAGUGUUUCUGCAUGUAGAAAAGAAACAAUCAAUAUGCAGGUCAAUGAUUCAAAAUUAUAGUACUAAGUGUGAUUCUUUAAAUGCAACGUACGACCCAUGAAUAUCUUAAAAGCAAAUAUAUAAUAUUCUUUGAUAUGGAAAAGCAACUAUAUCAGAUUGAAUAAGUAAACUGUUUUAUUGUGAUGAAUAAGCAUGCAUAUUCAGGUUUGACUGUAUCAGAUUGCUUUUUAUAUUACUCUAAGUUGCAUUUUGGUUUCCUAAUAUUUGCUUAUAUGUAUAUCUAGUAUAUGGAAUCAGCAUAACUGAUUUUUUGGUAAACUAUGUGUGCUAUAGUGGAUAUGAUUUUUACUUGACAUGCUUAAGCGUUAAUGAUUUUUGAACAGGUAUUUUCUGGAUAUGCUUAAGCAAGUUAGUAAUUACUACUGUUUAGCUAGUUAGUAAUUAUGUUUAAGUAAGUCUGGCUAAGUUCAGUUAUUGUGAUACGAAACUGCAUUUUUACUAUGGUAAAAGUAAAUAUAUAAUCCCCAAUAAGUAAAUUUUUGUGUAUGGAAAAAGCAGAAUUGUGUGGUAAGAAACUCAUUUUGCUUAUUCUAGAGUACAAUAACAUUUAUUUUCUAUUACAUAACAUAUUGCUUCAAAAUUAUGUGAUAAGCAAACUUAUUACCUUUGUUUUGGCAUAUGAAUAUUUUUGUGUGUGCCAUCUUGCUUGAAUUCGUCUGGUCUGUUUUUGAUUGUGCAAGUGGGAGGAGUUGUAGAGCAAUUUCACUAAAUACCAUCAAAUGGCAGUGCUCAUUAAUUGCAAUUCUACUAUAUGUUUGCACUUUGCAGGUAUAGCUAUGUUUUGACCAAGCAACAGGGGGCACAAGUGAUUUAUGUAGAAAUUGUGGGUACCUCAAAGACCUGCAGCUAGGUGACACUCGAACGCCUCGUUCCCUUUCCUCUUUCCUCGUUGCUCGCUGGUGCCAUUCGCUACCUUGCUUUCUCUCUUCUCCAAGCCAUCUCUUCUAGUUCUAGCUAGCUACACAUGGCCGAUUCAUUUCCUGGGUUUGAUCUCAACGAGGCUCCUAUGGAGCACGGCACCGGAAUUGAUUUGAACGCCCCAGUAGUAGAGAACGACGACGACGCCAUCCCUGUACUGGAGAAUGACGCCCCUGUACUGGAGGCUGACGACGCCGACGGCCUCGACCUCAACGCGUUUGAUCUUAACCUGCCACUAGAUGAGUUCGGUGCGAUGGAUUUUGAUUUCGUUCAAACCAAUCUUGAACAAGCCGUGGAAGCUCCAGUUCAAGCAAACAACCGAAGAAAUCGAGAGAUGUCAGAUGAGCUUAGAAAGCAAGUUUAUCAAGCUUUGUUAGCUAGAAACAAGAAUGGGAAGCUAGGCAAGAAAGAUACAAGUAUUGUUGCCGAGUGUUUUGGGGUACACAUUGAGGCAGUCCAACGUUUGUGGAAGAGAGGUAAAACACAACUUGCAAAUUUUAUUCCGGUUGAGGUUAGCAGUAGAAAGAAGGGUAGAUGUGGUCGAAAGGCAACCCCUUUUAAUUUGGAAGAAUUGCACAACAUUCCUCUCAAGGAUAGAAUGACCAUAGAAGAUUUGUGUAGCAAACUUCCCAUUAGCAAAUGGAAGAUUCAAAGGUUUCUGAAAAAAGGUCUUAAUAGGCGUCACUCUAGUAGCAUCAAACCAUAUCUCACUGAUGCUAACAAAAAGGCUAGAUUGAAGUGGUGUGUUGAUAUGAUUGACAAGGAUAUCCUUGAUGACCCAAGAUUUAAGGAUUUGUUUGACAUUGUCUUCAUUGAUGAAAAAUGGUUUUACCUCACUAAAAAGUCAGAGAAUUACUACUUGCUAGCCGAAGAAGAUGUUCCCCAUCGCACUUGUAAGAACAAGAAUUACAUCCCUAGGAUCAUGUUCUUGGUUGUUUGUGCUCGACCAAGGUUUAGGGAUGGAGAGUGCAUUUUUGAUGGCAAGAUUGGUUGUUUUCCACUAGUUCACUACUGGAAACUGCAGGGUCGCCGUGUGCCCAAGGCUCUGCCGUGUUCUUUAAUGCCAAAGUUCGGCUAA